AUGUCAGGAAUUGAUGUCUCAUUGCCAAUACUACCAUUAUCUGACAGUGAGCCACAAGUCCAUACACCAUCUAAAAGUAGCCUAAUCUCUCAAAUAUCAUCUAUAGUUCAGAAUUUUCCAGUUAAAAAUCUAAAUUUACCACUAUUGACAGCCAAUUUGUCAACUGGGAAGCAAUUAGGAAUGAAUGUUCACACGUUAUUAUCUAUUAAUAAAGUACUGACACUUUCAGAUAAAGAAUUAAAACUUGUAGAAGGAUCAAUCUGCAUAAUUGUUCAAGAAGCACUAAAUUAUGUGAAAAUUAAUGCAUCAAAUAGCUCAUUAUCAAUUGAUUCGUUCGCGAGUUCAAACUCUGAAAUCGAAAUUUCAAACCUUAAACAAGAAAUUUUAGAAAACAAACAAAAACUCGAAGAUCUUACAAAAGACAUUACUAAAAUGAAUGAAAUUAAUCAAGAUUUACAAGAAAAUCUUAUAAAUAAUCAAAAUCAAAAGCUAAAUAUCAGUGCAAAAUUAGCACAAUUGAAGCAAGAACAGAGUAAUGAAAGAACAAAGCAUAUCAAAGAAACAAUUAAUCUUCAAGAAACAAUACUUACCUUAAAAAGUAACAUAAAAGCCGAACGACUGAAAUUGUCACAUAAAAGGGAAUUAUCGAAUCAACUACGAGAUGAAAACGCAUUAUUAGCCGAAGAAAAUACACAACUUCAAUUAAAAUUACAAUCUAAAAAACAGAAAAUCUCAAGGUUAAAGAGCCAACUAGCCAAUUUAAAUACUAAACUAAUGAAUAGUGAAUCGAAAAUCAAAGAAACAGAACAAUUAUUACAAGAAAAACCCGAAAAUUCAUUUGAUAAUUCAACACAACUCAGUUUAUCACUAAUUGAUAACUCCGAACAGUAUACAGAGGCAAUCGAUAAACUAAAUAACCAAUUAGAAUUGCAAUCGAUCGAAAUACAGAUUUUAUCAAAGAAGAAAACACAACUUUUACUACUUUUCCAUAGUCUGAAUGAUAUAUGUAGGAUUCUAGAAGCACGAAUUAAGUCAUUACAAAGUCAAAACAGAGUUUUAAACCAAAAAUCUUCAUUUUUCUCAGAAAAAUUAACAGAACUAACGAAAGAACACGAAGAACUAAAGCUGACAAUGAAUUAUAAAUCAGAUCUAUAUAACCAAAUACGAGAAAUUCUCGAAAUUGAUGAAAAUGAAAAAAUUAUUGAUGAAAUUCGAAGAUUAAAGAAAAAUGAUUCAUCUAAACAAAACAACCAACUUGUACAACUUAUGAAAUGCCAUAGUUUGUUUAUUUUACAAGUCUUGGAGAAUCAAAAUCCGGAAUUUGAUUUAAAUUCAACCGAAGUUUCAUUCAUUGACAGUGAAGAACACAACAACAAGAUCAAAGAACUUAUAAAAUUAGCCGAUCAUCAUAUUAAUGAUUUUAUUUCUCAAAAUUCAAUUAAAACAUCAAACAAAAGUAACACAACCAAUGAGAAAGAAAUCAUUACCAAAUUAAUUGAAAGCAGUUCACUUGAAGAUGCCAGACUAGUUUAUCACUAUCAAAUUGAGAAAAAUCUUUAUUUGCUGAAACAAAUUAAAGAAAUUUCGAAAGAAAACAAGUAUUUGAAAGAUAUCCUUUUAAACAUUAAAGAGGUGCUUGGUUUACAAUGUGAUGAUCAUGAUAUUCCCGCAGAAAUUGUUGAUAAAAUCAACAUUUAUAAUUCAUUCAUUCAAAAUUUAUCAAAAAUUCUCAAAAAGAAGCAAUUGAACGAGAUAACCAAUGAAAUACUCUUUCAGAAUAGAUUGAUAACUAUUCUAGAUCGUUCUGUAAGAAAAGAGUUACAAUUUGAAGGAGAUUUAGCUGAUUUACCACAAUAUAUCAUCAAAAACUUAUCAUUUAAAAAUUGA